AUGGAGCCGAAGCCGCAUGAGACACCGAGUCCGUCUGCGUCGUCCGGGUUUCUACCGCUGGGACGACGCGGAUCGCGAGCAUCCAUGGCCACGACCCAGACCGAACGAGAAAAUAUAAACGCAGCCCUUGACCAGAUUCACACCGCCGCAUACCAAUCCGACUCCCUUACACUUUUUAAUGACUUUACAACGCCACCCGGGCCGACACUAGCAACAGAUGAGAAAGGACUAUCGGAAGAGCUUCAGGGAGGGUUAAGUGGGUUAUAUAGCCGUUUCAGGACCUCCGUCGGUGGAAUGAGAGAUAUUGUGAGCGGUGGAACAAGAUCCACGGACAGAAGUGCGGCAGAUACACCUACAGUCAAGAGCCCAAUCUCGGAACGUUCGAUGACCAAGUCGGUCUCUGACCUAGCGGCUAGUUCAGGCGAUUAUCAACAGUCGCAUCCCAACUCAUCCCAGGGCUCGAGACUUCAUUCCCCGGUAGCAACACACUUUCAGAUCGGCCAGGAAGCUGUACCUCAGCUAAAUGCUGGGAAGGGCUCCAAGAUCUCCUCGAAAAGCCCUAGCGUAUCUUCCAAGACCUCGAUUUCACCCUCCCCGGGAGUUAAAGCCACCAUCGGUCCACUGACUAAAUCCACUGGCAAUUCGAUCGCAGCAGAUCCUGCAGUCGCCCAGCUAUACGUGAAUACCGCCGGUCAAAAUCUACGAUCUAGAAGUAGCUCCGUGAAUUUAUCCCAGCAGGGGGUCAAGACUACAGAAUCUACCAGUACAGGAAGUGGAGAUGGGCCAAUGGAGCCACCUUUGAGCCAAACCUCUUCUGUGUUAAACCAGAGCCUUUCGCACUCGCCAGUCCUAUCUAUCAAGACACAUGGAAGCUUCCAAGAAGAGCCUAGUACGUUAGAAAACAACGGACCGCUUAAUCUGACGACAAAUGUGCUGGAUGUUCCACCGAGAAAGUUGGUGUCUGCAGAUCAACAGAGAACAGCGGAAGGUACAUCCCAGGUGAUUGCUACACGGAAUACAAAGCACGCUGAGCCAGGUCAAGAGACAGUGCCUCCGGUUCAAGACAACAGGUCGAACUCGCGUAUGUCUUUUGGCUUUGACGACUCCAGCUUAUCUGUGGUAUCCAAUUUUCAUUCCAAAGCUGCUUCCUCGAGUAGUGCUGCGGCAUUGGAUAGCAUGACAGCUAUGCCUCAAGAGGGCACAAAAGGAAACGAGCUGCCAAAAGCUCCCACUGCCUCAAAGCCUGGCGAAAAAUCAAAGCCGCCUCCUUCAAAUAACAGGCUGCCCGGCUAUGGAAUCUCGCGAACAUCUACUGCGGAAACAAUUACCACUGUUUCUUCUUUGCCACCCUUGAAUACCAAUGUUGGCCGGUUUACGGGCCAGAUUCCUCGGGAGCGCCGCGAAGAACGACCCCGAAACGGCGCGCUAUCCCAGAUAGGAAGCAAAUUGAUGAGCAGAGAUUUCUGGAUGCGUGAUGAAAAUGCGAAGGAUUGCUUCCACUGUGGAGAGCCAUUUACCACAUUUCGCAGAAAACACCACUGCCGAACCUGUGGCCAGAUUUUUGAUUCAAGAUGCACACUUCUAAUACCCGGCACGCGAUUUGGACAGCCUGGCUCUAUAAGAGUCUGCAAGCCCUGUGAGGCAAUGAUCAACGCACAUGAUGAUGAUUCUUCUGAAUUUUCGGAUAGCGAACAGAGUCCUAUCAUGGUGAAUCCUCGGCUCUCUGAGCUGAGCUGGGGAGGCAACAGUGCUCGCCCAUCUGUAGACGAUGAUGACUCUUCGUCUGUGAUAUCUCAAUCCAUUGACCAUGUUCUGAGAACUCCAACGAUGGCCAUACCAGCAACACGACGUGCUGGCGAAGGCCGCUCGGCUGUUCUGGAAAUCAACCCGGACCGUCCUUUGGCACGGCCGACCUCAUCUCGGUCUCUUAGGUCUUCGUUGGGAGGAAGACCGCAUUCCAUGGGUCAUAAACGUCACCACUCUCGCCAACAGUAUAUUCGAAGUUUCAAACCACUUCAUGAUGACCGGGCACCUUUCCAGCGUCGCCACGCAGAUGACUUCAGCACAGAGUCCCGGCUGCCUGCCUUUCACAAAGACAACAUCAUUGAUCCAGAAUUAGCCGACUAUCUUUCAGACGAUGCAUCUAGUGGUGAAGAGCAGCCAAGUCUCCUGGCAGCCGUUUCAGAGAGCCAACUCUCAAAAAGUGGCGUUGAUAGCGAACGAGUCCCUUUUGGCGGGUUGCUUGCAGCCAUGAAGAAAGGAAGAUCUGCGUUUGGUGAUCGGGCCAUACCUACUAUCAACCAGCCUGGGAGAGAUGCUGAUGAGGUUAGCCUAAGUAGCUCGAGGGCAGUGAAUUUGCCACGCUCUUCCCGUCGCAGAAACUUGAGCGUGGCAAGCAGUGUUCAUCGUCAAUCCUCUGGGACAAAAGACUUAUUCCUUCAUGAUCUUCCUGUGGGAGGUACGCCAUUUCCCGUCGCUUCAAAUCAGACUGGGUUUAAGCAGACCAGAAGCUCGUCAAUGAGAGGAGUAGAAGCACCGCCAGUUGAGCUCAAUAAAGCUAGCUUGGAACAUGUGCGCAGACUUUUGCAGCAACUCUUGUCGAUGUCCUCGGUACCAAAUGUUGACAGCUGGGAGAAUGCACUGAUGCCAAUUCUUCUGAAAACAGCCGAUGAGGUAGACCCGGAUGUCCAACGUGGAGACGACAUGGAUAUCCGCCACUAUGUCAAACUGAAGAAGAUCCCAGGAGGCAGACCUGGUGAUACAUCAUAUGUGUCGGGCUUGGUUUUCACCAAGAAUCUGGCAUUAAAGAGUAUGCCUAGAAGCAUUUUACGACCGAAUAUUCUGAUCAUCACUUUCCCUCUUGAAUAUGCCCGUCAACAACAUCAUUUCAUGAGCCUUGAGCCAGUCAUUCGGCAGGAGCGUGAAUUUCUCGAAAAUCUUGUAAGCCGGAUUGCAGCCUUGCGCCCGAAUCUGCUGCUUGUUGAAAAUAAUGUCUCUGGGCUGGCGCUCGGUCUUCUUGAACAAGCUGGGAUCGCAGUCGCAUACAAUGUGAAGGCGUCCGUUCUUGAAGCCGUCUCACGGUGUACUCAGACGCGAAUCGUGACAUCCAUGGAUAAACUUUUGACUACUGCUCUGCAUAGCGAUUGUAUCAGUUUCGACGUCAAAACCUAUGUCAAUUCCAAGCGCAAGAAGACAUAUAUGUAUAUCUCCGGCUGUCCUAAAGAGCUUGGAUGCACAAUCGUUCUGCGCGGCGGGGAUGAAGAAGUUCUGGGGAAAGUGAAAGAGAUUACAGAAUUCAUGGUUUACGUUGUGUAUAAUCUGCGGCUCGAGACUUGCGUGAUGAGAGAUGAAUUUGCAAAGCUUCCAACAGCAUUCAUCAAUGAUGUGAUACAAGCAACAAACGAGAAGGCGGAUCAGAGCAGUGGCCAUGUUGUCGCAUCUGACGGCAACUUGUCCUUAACGGAAUCAGGGCUCCCACCGACUACAGCUGUCGAAAGGUCGACAGAGGACUUGGAAAGUAGAGCAGCAUCAACUACCGAUGCCAUAAUUGAGGUCCCGGAUGACGUUCCAAUGCCAAUAUACUUUGACGAUGUGGUUCAGGACCACAAGACAAAGAUAUUGUCAGCUUCGCCUUUCGUCAAGUUCGAACCUCCCUAUUUGCUCAUGCGUAUCAGGGAAAUGGAACGGCGGCUGGCCUACUUGAAGCGACUCCGUGAUCAAGAUGGACAAACUCAAGAGUCCGGCGAAGAAAAUGCCGCCAAGCCGCAGAAGUUUACUCUUAUCACUCCCGAAAUGGUUCAUGAAUCUCCCCGCGAUGCUCCUCCUCAGGUCAAAGAAGUAUUGCGUGCAGCUCAUGAUGCAGAAUACGAUAGAGUUCUCUACCACUAUCAGACGCAAAAGCGGCAAUGGGAGGCCUACGUAGCAGGAUGCUCCAGCAUGUUUGAUCCAUAUGCCCAUCAGAAUAUUGUUGUUCUCUACAGCCUUGUAUGCACUACAACUUCAAUUCCAUGUUCCGGACCCGACACUUUUGCCUUGGAAUUUUACAACGAACAUGAGGACGAAUCUAUUUUUGAGCCCGAUUUCACAAUUGGACAAUACGUCGAAGAACUCUGCCAUGGAGCAAACGCUGUCUGCGCGGCUAAUGGGUGUGAAAAACGCAUGUUUGAGCAUCAUCGCCAGUACGUUCACGGCGAUGCACAGAUUAGCGUUCUUGUCCAGCCCUAUCCAUCCAAGCUUCGGGGCAUGCAAGAAACUGUGCUCAUGUGGAGUUGCUGCAAAAUAUGUGGCCAUGAGACUCAAGUCACCCCAAUGUCGGAAAACACAUGGAAAUACUCAUUUGGCAAGUAUUUGGAAGUCUCCUUCUGGGGUAGAAAUUUACAUGCCCGGGCCGGAGUGUGUCCUCACGAUCUCCAGCGGGAUCAUCUGCGCUAUUUUGGCUUCAAGGAUCUCGCGCUCCGUAUCCAGUAUGAUACCAUUCAUCUACUGGAGGUCGUCGUUCCUCGGCCGCGUGUAACCUGGAAAGUGGAUAAUGACUUGAAGCUAAGAAACCAGGUUUAUUUGCGGACCGAAAGACGAGUAAGCAGGUUCAUGCUGUCUGUCCACGCGCGCUUAAAAAGUAUCAAUGUCCAAAGUGUGGUUCCCGAGUUACUCGACGAGUGCAAGAAGGAGAUUGACCGCCUGGUUAAGAAAGCAAAUGAGCAUCAGGCUGCUUUGGUUCGGCUUCUACAAGAUAAAUACAGCGGUUCUCGCUAUUGGGAAAUCAUACCCUUGAAUGACGUCCUCCGGUCCGUUCAAGAGAAGGUAGUCGAAUGGGACACUACCUUUGCUGAGUUCGAGCAGAGCUUCUUCCCUUCUGAAAAGGACAUCAAGCGGCUUGCGACACUGCAGCUCAAGAAAAUAUUCCUUGACAAAGACGCCACAUCCGUGGCCCCAGAUGACCCCUUACAUACUCCAACUGACCUGGGAGAUGAGAACAUCCAAGAAAACGAAAAGCCAAGGAUGCUGCGCCGCAUGACACUCUCUCCAGAGAAGGCUCAGAAUGUCUUGGUCUCUGUAGUGGAGGAGCAUGCAGGAAAGAAACACCGCGAGGAAGCAAUUCAGGAUAUCGAGUUGCCGCCGUUGCCUGCGGCGCCUGCCGACGAAGCUACAUUAUUAAGUGCAGAUGCUGCCAGUGAUAGCAGGUCUUCUCCUCAGAAUGACGCUGUUAUGAAGGAAGAAGUUCGGCAUCUCGAUCUAGCCGCGCCUUCUAGCCAGUCAGUUAUACCACCUCUUGAUCAGAAGGCGCCCCUUGCUCGUUCCUUAACUAGCCCGAAUGCCAUGGAAAUUCUCGCAGCCCCUGCUGGUGAAGGUUCAUUGGAUGCAGACUCGCCGCCAUUGUCGCCGAAAUCAUCUCAUCCCUCUCAUGAGACUAGUAAGCUCAGGGAUGCCGGUGUACCUCGUUCACCCAGCACCCCACCAAACAGGCCAUCCGCCAUCCCAAGACUAGCGGAAGUCAAUUUCAGGCGAUCUGGAAACGCACGCUCCCCGCCGUUGAUACGUACUCAGUCUCAACCUGCACAUCUUCUGAGGGAAACUUCCAUUGGCAGUUCCUCCUCGGUGGAAUUCAAGACACAUUCCAAUAGAUCAUUUGAUAUUCGAAGUGACUCCACCAAAACAGGGGAAAAGAAGUUUGCAGAACGCCUUGGUUUUACGGCUCUCAAAAAUGGCGGUUUUGCCUCCGGGCACUCUUUCAUUCCGCGGUCUGUGCCAAAGGGAAGGCACAACAAUCAUGUUUUGGACCUCGCUAGACGUUUCAACCAGUUGAGUCAGUUGAGUCAGUCGAAUAGCGUGAGUGUGAUGCAUAAAGUGAGGCAAGAUUUUGAACAGGCGAGAUUAGAACAACGGGCUGCCCAAACCCCGCAUUCACGCGCUUACCCACUAGCAUCCUCAAAGCCCAUCGUCGAGGUUUACAGAAAUGUCCGAGAGGCUGUGGAAGAACGAGAGCCUCCGGUCGAUGAGGAAGAAUCAACGCUUUCGGUACCGCAGCUUCCAAUGGAUGAAACAAGUCGCAUCAGUGAGGGAUUUGCGGAGCAGAUCAACCUCGAAGAGCCUUCUCCGCAAGCUGACUCUCAGGAAACGCCGCCUGAUUCUUUUGAUUCUGGUGGUCUGUUCCGUGCUGACUCCCACCUUAUGUCUGAGACUGAACUAGAGGAAAGCCCCAGCGACGAGGAGCAAGCUACGGCGGAAGAUCUAUAUCCCAUAGAUUCACAUGAAGAUCAAAAACCGCACCCUGAAGAUGACUCAAUGGACCUCAAGGAUUUUGCCAAGCACGAGCGUACAACACUUUUGAAGAUGUUGACCAAUUUCUGGUCCGAGCGCUCUGCCAGCGGAUGGUCGGCUCUGGAUUAUCCUCUCAGCGUUGUGGACCAUGUCUUUGCCGACUGUGAUAUCAUUGUACGGGAGGAUGAGCCAAGCUCUCUUGUUGCAUUUGCACUGGACUCGUUUGACUACAAGGAGAAAUUGGCCAGCAUUCAGAAACGGUAUGAGAUUGAGGAGCAUGUCUCUGACUCGGAUGAGGACCCCGAAAUCGCCAGCGAGGCUCGCGUUGAGCACGCCCUGCUGCGGCCCACUGGUACCCAUUUGAAGUACCAAUUUCAAGAAGGUCCGGCCAAGAUGCUUUGCAAGGUCUUUUAUGCAGAGCAAUUUGAUGCGCUUCGCAAAAAAUGUGGCGUUGCUGACCGCAUUGUCGAGUCGCUGUCUCGCUGUGCGAAAUGGGAUUCCAAAGGUGGCAAAACCAAGUCUUUGUUUUUGAAAACGCUAGAUGAUCGGUUCAUUCUGAAGUCUCUGUCUCCUGUUGAAACUCAGGCGUUUCUCAAAUUUGCUCCAGCUUACUUUCAAAUCAUGUCUGAGGCUUUAUUCCACGAGUUACCCUCGGCAAUUGCCAAAAUGUUUGGCUUCUACCAGGUCAUCAUCAAGAACCCCGUCACUGGAAUAGAGUUCAAUUGGUUCUUGCUAUUGAUGGAGAACUUGUUUUACGAUCGAAAGCCAAACCGCAUCUUCGAUCUCAAGGGUUCGAUGCGCAACCGGAAGGUUGAGAGCACCGGCGAACGAGAUGAGGUGCUUCUAGAUGAGAACAUGGUAGAUUUCAUCUAUGAAACGCCUUUGUUCUCACGUGAGCACUCCAAAAAAUUGCUUGCCCAGAGCGUGUGGAAUGACACCCUUUUCCUCGGCCGCCAAGAUGUCAUGGACUAUUCGCUCAUGGUUGCCAUUGAUGACAAACGCAGUGAAUUGGUUGUGGGAAUUAUCGACUGCAUCCGUACGUAUACUUGGGACAAGAAACUUGAGUCGUGGAUCAAAGAUCGCGGCUUUGCUGGGGGUGGUCGCAACCGGCCAACCGUCACCAGUCCCAGGGAGUAUAAAAGUCGAUUCCGAGAGGCGAUGGCCCGAUACGUGCUCCAAGCUCCGAGUUGUUGGCAUCAAUUCCAACCCAGUGCACCGUACCGAUACCCGCAGGGCGAGGUGUCCAAUGUAACUCAGUUGGACAUGGAUGAGAAUGCCGAAUCCAGCAUCUAA